AUGGCACAAGGCUGGCCAGGCCCCAGAUCUGUCUCAGGUACGACCUACUCGGCGAGACAGACUGAGGGAGGCACAAAGGACUACGUCUACAAUGUGCGCGACUAUGGCACCCUCCGACCGAAACUAGUGUACAACUGUAACCUUGUGCCUGCUCUUUGCAAGAAUGCCAGAAACUAUCUGGGAGGCGGAACAACGUCACAGUUCCACUUCGACGCCUUCCGUGUGCAGAAAAAGCGCGAUGCUGGUCGCAACGCAAAGAAGUCGCGUGUGGAUGCGCGUCGCGAUGAGAGCUGCCCUACCAGCUGGAUCAAUAACGGCAGGUGCCCUGAGGGUGAUCAGCCUGACUGGACCUGGAAGAGCGGUGGGCAGAUCAACCCAUUUGUGAAAGCACAGAUGCACGUCGAGGAUGGGGUUCAGCACAGAAACCGACUUGCCAAAGUGGAGGAAGUUCGAGUGGCCGAUACUAAUGAACCACUGGGUUACAGAGUCGAGACCCAGUCUACCCCAUACGGAGCCAUUCUGUCCUGCGAUGAGUUUCCAGCGGCAAGCUGGAUUGAAGGAGGCAACGGAGCCAGCACAUACUGUGCACCGAUCUCUGCGGGCUGCGCUGCCUCGGCGUCCACUGCAACAGAGCAGGACUGGCAAGGCGACGGCCACAACGCACUUGGCCGCUGGUUCACUGCCAUGGCACAGGGCAAAUUAACGCCCUUUUCGCCCAAGCCGGAUUACACGAUAUUCAAGUUUGACUAUCUGGCAGACAGCAACCAGGGCGCCACGGUCGGCGAUGCUGUAUGGGUCGAGGUCCGUGGGAAGAAGCGCUACUGCUUUGGGCCGAAGCCAUCAAGUGGAAGCGAUUGCCAGCCGACUUACCCCGAUGACCCGGCGCCUGUGAACCCCUGA